AUGGCACGCGUUCCAUUUAUUGGCCGUCUAUUAUGGACUGAGUAUAUAGCUCUUUUUAUCUCAUUGGGGCUGGUAUUUCUGGAAGGGAUCAUUCAUAUUAUCACUCUCUGCCUUCCUCAACCAGUCAUAGAUAUCUGCUAUCGUCAGUCAAAGCGGCUAUUCCAUGUGAUGUCUGCUGCUCAGCCCAAGCGUCGGAAGCAGGAGAGUAUAUCUGCAGAUAUUGCAAAGGCGUCAGAGUUCACCGAGCUCUGUGCCAUCUUUGGCUACGAAACUGAGGAGCAUGUAGUCCAGACGAGGGAUGGAUACCUGCUAGGACUCCAUAGGCUUCCGUGGCGGAAGGAUGAGCCACAUACCUACGCCAGUGGGAAUGAUAUCGGCAAUGAGACGCCUCGGAAACCGGUCGUAUACCUUCAUCACGGACUGCUGAUGAGCAGCGAGGUGUGGGUGUGUUUGACGGAAGAGAGCAGAUGUUUGCCCUUCCGGCUGGUAGAGCUGGGCUACGACGUCUGGUUUGGAAAUAACCGGGGAAACAAGUACUCCAAAAAGUCGACGACGAUGUCCCCCGCUUACAGCGCAUUCUGGAACUUCUCCAUCGACCAGUUUGCGUUUCACGAUAUUCCGGAUAGCAUCGACUAUAUCCUUUCGGUCACCGGGCAGCCGUCGUUGUCGUAUAUUGGAUUUUCACAGGGGACGGCACAGGCGUUUGCAACGCUGUCCAUCCAUCCUACGCUGAACCAGCAGGUCAACUUAUUCAUUGCCCUGGCACCGGCCAUGUCGCCCGCAGGACUGAGUAACGGGGUAGUGGAUGCGUUGGUGAAAGCUUCUCCGGACGUGAUGUUUCUUGCGUUUGGCCGACGAAGCAUCCUCAGCUCCACCGCCAUGUGGCAGGCCAUCCUCUACCCGCCCAUCUUUGUGCGCAUCAUCGACGCGGCCCUCUCGUUCCUCUUCAACUGGAGCGGCAAGAACAUUAGCACGGCGCAGAAGCUGGCGGCAUACGUACAUCUGUACUCGUCGACCAGCACCAAGUCAGUCGUGCACUGGUUCCAGAUCAUCCGCAACAAGAGCUUCCAGAUGUACGACGACGACGCCGGGUCGAUGCUCAGCAUAGCGGCCAAGACACGCUUCUACAAGCCGGCUAAGUUCCCGACGAAGAACAUCAAGACACCCAUCGUGCUAGUCUAUGGCGGGUCAGACAGCCUGGUGGACAUUGACGUGAUGCUGGAGGAACUCCCCAGCCACACCACAGCCACGGAGAUUGCGCACUACGAGCACCUCGACUUCCUCUGGGCUCGAGACGUGGACCAGCUGGUGUUUCCGCAUGUUUUCAAGGCGCUGGGGAGCCGGACACGGACGGCGCCGGCCAAGCUGACCGAACAGUUUGACGGCGCAGACGAUACCUGUUUUGUGGAGUAUGGUAACUAA